AGAUUCCCCUUUGAGCUUAAAAAAGUCUUAAACUACUCUUUCAUUGAACCAAAACCCUUUGAACAUGUCUCACACAAAUUCUAAUAUCUACUACAUAUGCAUAUAUUAUAUAACAUAAAUACACACCACCCAUAAUUUGCCAAAUAGUAAUUAGCCCCAACAAAUUAAUAAACAUGACAAAGCCUUCGUACUUUCUCCAAAAACCUUCUCCCAUAAUUGUACAAAGACAAGAGAACAAGAAGAUGAUGUGCUUAGAUGAGCAACUACAAAGGCAAUUAUCUAAUAUUUCAUCAAAUGAAGAUUAUCAUGGCAACAAAUUUGCUUCAAUUCCAUUUGUAUGGGAAUCUCAACCAGGUACACCUAAACAUAGAUCAAAUGAAAAGUCUCUUCCUCCUCUUACUCCACCACCAUCUUAUUUCCAAAAUGCAACCAAAAAACCUAUCAAGUCCAAAAAGAGUUUGUUUAUGCAAACACUUUUUCCGAAACGUACUACAAAAAAAGGUCCCGUUCUUAAUCCAUCCAUGACAUCAUCAAAUUUUGUCUCUUAUUCAUCAUCAUCUUCGUCGUCAUCUUUGUCAUUGUCCUCUCCACGGCCAACAUCAUAUUCGGUGCCAUCUUCUCCGAUGAUACACUCGAGGAAGGAAGAAGAAGACGAAGAUUUAUAUGAUGUUAGUAGCUCUAAUGUGUGUUUUGGCAAUGUAAAAUCACGAGGGAGUUAUUCUUCCAUGUUUAAGAAGGUAUUGUUUGGUGAUUUUAUGUGAUGUUUAGAUCAAGCUACUUUUCUCUAAUUGUUAUGGUUAACUAAUAAUAAGCUAUGAUAUAGCUAGAAUUGGAAAGAUUGUAUAUGUCAAACUUAUUAAUUAGUACACGCAUCAUAUAUAUUUUUCAAACUUGUUUAUGAUAAUUAGUUUGAUUCUUUCUUUUUGAAUCAAUCCUAGCUAAAACCAAAUAAUAAUAUUGAAGGAUUAAACUCACGCACUUUAAGUGUUGAGAAGUGGGAGA